AGAGUUACUGAAGCAAAAAUGAAACAGUAUGCACUACCACCAAAAAAAAAGAAUAUACAACCUCCUAACAGAAAGCGUAAUAUAAAUUAUAUAGGUGUUGAAAGAAUGUCUAAUCAUAGUAAUGCAGAUGAGACAUAUGAUAAUACACAAGAUUCUUUUAACAACAAUAAUGUACCUGAACCUAAUAACUUAACAACUACUGAUCCCAGUCAAGAUAACACAACAACCACUAAUCCUACCUUCAGUCAAGAUAACACUGCUCUU